CGUACCAAACUUACCGCAGCGUACCAAACUUACCGCAGCGUACCAAACUUACCGCAGUGUACCAAACUUACUGCAGCGUACCAAACUUACCGCAGCGUACCAAACUUACCGCAGUGUACCAAACUUACCGCAGUGUACCAAACUUACCGCAGCGUACCAAACUUACCGCAGCAUACCAAACUUACCACAGCAUACCAAACUUACCGCAGCGUACCAAACUUACCACAGCGCAUCAAACUUACCGCAGCAUACCAAACUUACCACAGCGCAUCAAACUUACCACAGCAUACCAAAUUUACCGCAGCGUACCAAACUUACCACAGCAUACCAAACUUACCGCAGUGUACCAAACUUACCGCAGCGUACCAAUCUUACCACUGGGUACCAAACUUUCCGCAGUGUACCAAACUUACCGCAGUGUACCAAACUUACCACAGCGUACCAAACUUACCGCAGCGUACCAAACUUACCACAGCGCAUCAAACUUACCACAGCAUACCAAACUUACCGCAGCGUACCAAACUUACCACAGCGCAUCAAACUUACCACAGCAUACCAAACUUACCGCACCGUACCAAACUUACCACAGCGCAUCAAACUUACCUCAGCGUACCAAACUUACCUCAGCCGUACCAAACUGACCUCAGCGUACCAAACUUACCUCAGCGUACCAAACUUACCGCACCGUACCAAACUUACCGCAGCGUACCAAACUUACCGCAGCGUACCAAACUUACCGCAGCGUACCAAACUUACCUCAGCGUACCAAACUUACCUCAGCGUACCAAACUUACCUCAGCGUACCAAACUUACCUCAGCGUACCAAACUUACCGCAGCGUACCAAACUUACCUCAGCGUACCAAACUUACCUCAGCGUACCAAACUUACCUCAGCGUACCAAACUUACCUCAACGUACCAAACUUACCUCAGCGUACCAAACUUACCUCAACGUACCAAACUUACCUCAGCGUACCAAACUUACCUCAGCGUACCAAACUUACCUCAGCGUACCAAACUUACCUCAACGUACCAAACUUACCGCAGCAUACCAAACUUACCUCAGCGUACCAAACUUACCGCAGCGUACCAAACUUACCUCAGCGUACCAAACUUACCGCAGCGUACCAAACUUACCUCAGCGUACCAAACUUACCGCAGCGUACCAAACUGACCUCAGCGUACCAAACUUACCUCAACGUACCAAACUUACCUCAGCGUACCAAACUUACCUCAGCGUACCAAACUUACCUCAGCGUACCAAACUUACCUCAACGUACCAAACUUACCUCAGCGUACCAAACUUACCUCAGCGUACCAAACUUACCACAGCGUACCAAACUUACCUCAGCAUACCAAACUUACCUCAGCGUACCAAACUUACCUCAGCGUACCAAACUUACCUCAACGUACCAAACUUACCUCAGCGUACCAAACUUACCUCAGCGUACCAAACUUACCUCAGCGUACCAAACUUACCUCAGCGUACCAAACUUACCUCAGCGUACCAAACUUACCGCAGCGUACCAAACUUACCUCAGCGUACCAAACUUACCGCAGCGUACCAAACUUACCUCAGCGUACCAAACUUACCUCAGCGUACCAAACUUACCUCAGCGUACCAAACUUACCGCAGCGUACCAAACUUACCUCAGCGUACCAAACUUACCGCAGCGUACCAAACUUAUCGCAGCGUACCAAACUUACCACAGCGUACCAAACUUACCUCAGCAUACCAAACUUACCUCAGCGUACCAAACUUACCUCAGCGUACCAAACUUACCUCAACGUACCAAACUUACCGCAGCGUACCAAACUUACCGCAGCGUACCAAACUUACCUCAGCGUACCAAACUUACCGCAGCGUACCAAACUUACCGCAGCGUACCAAACUUACCGCAGCGUACCAAACUUACCACAGCGUACCAAACUUACGUCAGCGUACCAAACUUACCACAGCGUACCAAACUUACCUCACCGUACCAAGCUGA